AUGCCUCGCAAUGGCUCGGCUGCUGGCUCUGCGCAGACCGGAGUUGGCGGCGCUUUGAGUCGGUUCUCGCGACGGUCCUACGCAGUGGAUCAUAUCGCAUUGGGAUGUCUUGUGGCAGGAUGGGUUCUGAUCCAGCUCUUCGCCCACCCCUUCCAUCGCAUGUUUAUACUCGACAACAAGUCCAUUCAAUUUCCCUUCGCAGUGGUGGAACGAGUGUCUGUUGUAUGGUCGAUUGUCUACGCCGGACUAUGUCCACUCCUUAUCUUCAUCCUCUGGGCCGCCAUGUUCCGCCCCGGCUCGCAUAAAGUUCAUGUAACGGUUCUCGGAUUCUUCGUGACACUGAUCCUCACAUCAUUCUUGACGGAUGUGAUCAAGAACGUGGUUGGAAGACCUCGCCCGGACUUCAUUUCGCGAUGUAUACCCCGGAAAGGGACACCUGGAGAUAUCCUGGUCGCAUGGACCGUUUGCACGCAGACGAAUGAUCAUAUCCUUCAGGAGGGCUGGAGGAGUUUCCCAAGUGGCCAUAGUAGUUUUUCUUUUGCUGGCCUAGGUUACUUGGCAUACUUCUUCUCCGGCCAGAUGCAUGUUUUCAGACCUAGAGCAGACCUUGGUCGCUGUCUUUUGGCCUUCGUACCGAUGUUAUGUGCAUUGAUGGUCGCCAUAUCACGUCUCAAUGAUUACCGGCAUGAUAUCUACGAUGUGACCUGCGGUUCGAUCCUUGGGAUUCUGGUGUCUUACUUCUCUUACCGGCGUUACUAUCCUCCAUUGUGCUCUGUCAAAUGUGAUAUUCCGCACGACAGGAAGGAUGCGGAUGGGUUCUCCAGACUCGCCGCUGACGAAGAGCAACAACUUGACGAUAUGGAGGGAGAGACAUACAGGCUUGGAGAGCAAGAGACCUCUCAUUAG